AUGCCGGCCUCGGACGCGGAAGCCGCAGCAGAUUUAAAAAUAGGUGAUGUUGAGAAAGGCAAGAAGAUUUUUGUACAGAAGUGUGCCCAGUGCCACACUUUGGAGAAGGGAGGCAAGCAUAAGACUGGCCCAAAUCUCCAUGGUCUGUUUGGGCAGAAGACAGGUCAAGCCGUUGGAUUCUCUUACACAGAUGCCAGCAAGAACAAAGGCAUCACCUGGGGAGAGGAUACAUUGAUGGAGUACUUGGAAAAUCCCAAGAAGUACAUCCCUGGAACAAAAAUGAUUUUCACUGGCAUUAAGAAGAAGGGAGAAAGGGCAGACUUAAUAGCUUACCUCAAAAAAAGCUACUAAUGAGUAAUAGUCACUGCCUUAUUUAUUACAGAA